AGUUAGUCGCUAAAGCAAGCAAGACAGACAACGAUUCUCGGAUCCGCCGAUUCGCCGCGAUCGUAGUGCCUAUAUACAGUUCCCAACGGGACAGAGCUAUAAAGAUAAAAGUGCAAAAACAAAGCGCACUUAGAUAAAGAUAACGAAGUUCCCAUGCCAACCCACAGUGCAAGUGAAGUGAAACGAGAACGCAGUUUCGAAUAGGAAAUAUAGAAGUACUCAGAUAUAGCAGCCGACUAUCGGAGUCAGAAUGCAAAUGUGCCGAGCAUAAAAUCGCAAAGCGUGAAAAUCUACGAGUUUCCAAGCGAUAUAUAUGUAUACAGAGUCGUAUAGAGACUAACCAAGUGGAAAAAAAAAUAAAAAGUGCGCAACCGAUCCGAAUGACUAUGACUUCAACAGUACUCCAGAGGCCUAUUCAAGCCAAAGCAGAGAAGAAGGCCUCCAAGGCAGCCAGCUCUACGAGAAGUCGAUCCACGAUGGCCUGGUCCAAUGAGAAGCUGCGCUUCUCCUGCAUCGACAACAUUGGCCUGAAGCAGCUGUGGAAACUGAUUGCCUUGGACACGAGUGCUCCCUCCAAGCAGCACAAUGCCAUGAUGUUGGAUGUGGAGCAACAGCAGCAACAGCAGCAGCAGCAGCAAUCGAACAAUAACAACGAGCGUAUACCCAAUGAGAACUGUGACAACUUGGCCGACUAUUUGAGUCUACAAAGAGCGGCCCAGGCUCAGAAGAAUCACAUCCCAUCUCAGGCCCCGACCGCGGCCCCUGCCCAGAUGUCCCUGCUCAAGUUCUUGGCCAUUAAUGCCCUAGAGUUGAGUGCCCCAGCAACGCCACAUCUCCUCCAGCACCAGCAGACCCAGACGCAGGCAAAGCCCAAGGGUUGGAUGCAGCUGUCCGGUCACCCAGAGAGCAUUGUUCCCACGUCCACCGGAAUAGUGCGGAAGAGGAUCUCGGGCCUCGAAGACAACGAGGUCCAUGCCUACCGACUGAUCUGCCAGGAACCACAGACCGCUCAGAUAGUGCCCGCCUACUUUGGCAUACAGGAGAUGCAGGGCCAGCACUACAUCGAGCUGCAGGAUCUGCUGUCGGGCUUCCGGGAUCCGUGUGUGAUGGACAUCAAGAUGGGCAGCCGCACCUUCCUCGAAUCGGAGGUCAGCAAUGCCACCCUGCGACCAGAUCUCUACCAGAAGAUGAUCGCCGUGGAUGCGGGAGCUCCCACGCCGGCGGAGCACGAGGCACGGGCCAUUACCAAAUUGCGCUACAUGACUUUCCGAGAGUCGCUCUCCUCCUCGCAAUCUAAGGGCUUCCGGAUCGAAGCGCUGCGCCUGCGCGGACGACCGCCUGUCAAGGAUCUAAAGACCUGCCGAACUAGCGAGCAGAUUGGUCAGACCAUCGAACAGUUCCUGGCCGCCCGGCGAUCUGUGCAGAAGGAGCUGCUGAAGCGACUGAAGCACAUGCGCCUGGUCAUCGAGCAGUCGUCCUUCUUUGCUCGCCAUGAGAUCGUUGGCUCCAGCAUCUUCAUCGUUUACGACGAUGAACGCGUUGGCGUGUGGCUGAUUGACUUCGCCAAGUGCCGGGAGCUGCCGCCUCAGGUGAGGGUGGAUCACCGCAGCGCCUGGACUCCGGGAAAUCGGGAGGAGGGUCUGCUCCGCGGAAUGGACGAGCUCAUCCGCUCCUUCGAGGAGGUUUACGCCCGCUGUGGUUCCCAUCGUGGCUGCCUUAAAAUCUAAUGGAUAGAUCGAUUGCACCUGCAGCUGGAUCUGCACCAAAAGACUGAUCACCUAAGCUCCAUUUGUAAA